AUGCAAUUUCACCCUCUUUUCGAAUAUGUGUGCAAGAAGCUGGACAUCUACAGGGCAUUUGUUUGGAUUGGCUCUUAUGGAGGAGGAAGCGCCUUGUCUGGGAUUUGGGAACGUCCAAAGCCUACAUUCUUCUACAGCAACUACGCCUGGGUGCAGGAGUUAUACCUGCCCUUGCCGACCAACACCAACUGGGAGGCAGACAUGUCGAUCAAGUACAUCGAUCGGCAAGGGGUCGCAAGGGUGACCGGAGGCUCUGAGCUGAAAGUGUCUCAACAUUACCCAGCAUUGCUGGGUGAUGCAGUAGCCCAGCUCUACGAUCAACAUCGUCCAGAAAUCAAAAAAGCGGUGGUGGCUCGAAGGCUGGUCGGAUCAGUGAAGCUACAAACAACAAACAAGAACUGUUAUUGGAGCUUUGUGUAA